UUAAGGGCAAAGAAAUGUCUCAGGUCGGAGCUAAAGAUAGGAAAAGUGAUGAGGAUCAAGCCCUUAAGCUACGUCGCGAGCAGGAGGCUCUGUAUUUCCAGCUCUACAGUCGCCUCGAGGUUCAGGAAUGGCUGCUUAAGGACUCGGUUCGAAAUAAGGCCUACCGCGAGGCUAUACUCAACAACAAAGCUUUCAAAAAUAAGGUUGUCCUGGAAGUGGGCUGUGGCUUGGGCAUGCUUUCAAUAUUUGCCGCCAGGUCUGGUGCCUCCAGAGUCAUAGCUGUGGAUGGCUCCAAUGUCACGGAUUACACAAGCCGUAUAGCCGAGGACAAUGGUCAUGGCAAUGUCAUCACCGUGGUGCAUGGCAAAGUGGAGAAUAUAGAGUUGCCAGAGGAUAUCCAUCAAGUGGACAUACUUAUUUGCGACUGGAUGGGUCACUGCCUCUUCUCGGAGAACAUGCUGGAGUCGCUGAUAUUUGCCCGGGACAAGUGGCUGGCCAAGGGAGGCCUCAUCUUCCCAGACUCGGCUCAGCUCUACCUGGCCGCCAUUCAUGGGGAGGACCAAGAUCUUGGCUUCUGGCACGACGUCCAUGGCUUUGACUUCAACGCCAUUCGUCGAAGAUGCGCCGCCAAGGCCCUGGUGGAGCACGUGACCACCGGCCAGGUGAUGAGUCGUGUGUAUCUGGUCAAGUCCCUGGAUCUGUAUGCCGUGCGUAGCGGCUCCUCUGCCUUCCGUUCCUUCUACGACCUGAGGGUCACGCGCAACGGCCAUGUCCACGGCCUGCUCGCCUACUUCGAUGUGGGAUUCAGCAAGAGCCAGCGUUGGGUUAGCUUUAGCACGUCGCCCAGUGCUCCCUGGACGCACUGGAACCAGACGGUAUUCUACCUGGAGGCUCCGCUGCCCGUGCGUUCGGGUGAGUCCAUCAAGGGUGUGUUCGGCAUUCAGCCGAGUGCCGAGAGCAUCUUCGACCUGGAGUUUGACAUUUAUGUGGAUUUUGAGGGCAAGGAGAAGUCGGUGACUAGCAAGCAGUCGUUCGUUCUGUCGAGUAACCUUCAACUGGGUGGAGUUUAGGGUGGUUAUUUACACGAAAUAUCAUUUGGAUUGACCAGUAAACAGUAAAAAUAAAGCAGAAAACCAGCCA